AUGCAGGCCAUCAAGUGUGUGGUGGUGGGAGACGGAGCCGUUGGUAAAACCUGCCUGCUCAUCAGUUACACGACCAAUGCGUUCCCUGGAGAGUACAUCCCCACCGUCUUUGACAACUAUUCUGCCAAUGUUAUGGUAGAUGGAAAACCAGUGAAUCUGGGCCUCUGGGACACAGCUGGACAGGAAGAUUAUGACAGACUGCGUCCCCUCUCCUACCCGCAAACAGACGUGUUCUUAAUUUGCUUUUCCCUUGUGAGUCCUGCAUCAUUUGAAAAUGUCCGUGCAAAGUGGUAUCCUGAAGUACGACACCACUGUCCCAAUACUCCCAUCAUCCUAGUGGGGACGAAGCUUGAUCUUAGGGAUGAUAAGGACACGAUUGAGAAGCUGAAGGAGAAGAAGCUGACUCCCAUUACCUACCCGCAGGGGCUAGCCAUGGCGAAAGAGAUCGGUGCUGUCAAAUACCUGGAGUGCUCAGCACUCACACAGCGAGGACUCAAGACAGUGUUUGAUGAAGCUAUCCGAGCCGUUCUCUGUCCCCCUCCUGUUAAGAAGAGGAAGAGAAAAUGCCUGCUGUUGUAAAUGUCUGAGCCCCUCCCUCGGUCUUGGUCCCUGGAGCCUUUGUACGCUUUGCUCAGAAAAUGGCGGAGUCUUCGCGUCUGAUGCCAAGUUUUUGUUACAGAUUAAUUUUUCCAUAAAACCAUUUUGAACCAAUGAACCAGUCAGUAAUUUUAAGGUUCUGUUUUAAAUGUAAGAAUUCCAACUUACAGUCUAUUAAAAUUCAGCCCUAAAAUG